GAGUCGACUGAAGUUUCCGAGGAGCCUGCCCUGGCUGGGUUGGUCACACCUUUCAAAAGCCCCCCACGUUAUGCUCCGGGCAUCUCAAAUGCUCCUUCCUCUAGAGUCCUCCCAACUGGCCCUCUGUUUAAUCUCCUUUUUCUCAGCUAUAAGAUUCAGCCCUUUCCAGAGGGCCUGAGCAUCCUUAGGGUUUCCUACCCUUAAUACUCCAUCCCCGGAUGGAGCCAGAAAAAUGUGGUGGGGUGGCCGGGGCCAGAGUUUCAACAUUGCCUCCCAGAAGGAGGAGCCAGAGCUCUCUGGGCUGAAGUCUGUCCAGGGAAGCAGGAUGCCGGAGCACAGGAGUCGUCAGCCUGGCAGCUGCCUGGCCUCCGGAUGCCUCCCAGGGGAGCAGAUACUAGCAUGGGCCCCAGGGCUGAGGAAAGGACUGCAACCUGAAUUGCCUGGAACUCUGAUAUGCACCAACUUCAGGGUUACCUUCCAGCCCUGUGGAUGGCAGCGGAGUCAGGAUACUCCCCUGAGCAGUGAAUAUGAUUUUGCCUUGGUCAACAUUGGGCGAUUGGAAGCUGUGAGUGCCUUGACACGAGUUCAGCUCCUCCGUCCAGGGUCACAGCUUAAAUUUAUCCCCGAGGAGAUUCUGAUUCAUGGCCGAGACUUCCGACUGCUCAGGGUUGGUUUUGAGGCUGGAGGAUUAGAACCCCAGGCCUUUCAGGUGACCAUGGCCAUUGUCCAAGCCAGAGCUCAGAGCAGUCAAAGCCAGCUCUAUGUGGGGAUAACUCAGAGGAAGGCUGCCCAGGGUUCUGGCUCCAGAAAGCCACCUAUACCUCUGUUGGAGACAUUGGAAGACUGGGAAGCUGAGCAGAAGAAGCAGGGAGCCAGAGGCUGGAGGGUCAGCACUGCCAAUGAGAGGUUCGACGUAGCUACCAGCCUCCCCCGUUACUUCUGGGUCCCUAACAGAACUCUGGAUAACGAGGUCAGGAGAGCAUUUGGCCACUUCCAUCAGGGCCGUGGACCGCGCCUGUCCUGGCAUCACCCUGGGGGCAGUGAUCUUCUCCGCUGUGGAGGUUUCUACACAGCCAGUGACCCUAACAAGGAGGACAUUAGAGCAGUGGAGUCAAUGCUCCAGGCUGGGCAUUCUGAUGUUGUGCUGGUAGACACGAUGGAUGAGCUGCCCAGCCUUGCAGACGUCCAGCUUGCCCACCUGAAGCUGAGGGCCCUCUGCCUGCCUGACUCUUCCGUGUCUGAGGAUAAGUGGCUCUCAGCCUUGGAAGGAACGCGGUGGCUGGACUAUGUCAGGUCUUGUCUUCGUAAGGCCAGUGACAUUUCCGUUUUAGUGACAUCCAGGGUUCGCUCUGUAGUACUUCAAGAGCGCGGUGAUCGUGAUCUCAAUGGCCUCCUCUCUUCACUCGUCCAGCUGCUUUCAGCGCCUGAAGCCCGAACUCUGUUUGGCUUCCAAGCACUAGUGCAGCGAGAGUGGGUGGCAGCUGGACACCCCUUCCUGACCCGGCUCGGGGGCACUGGGGCCAAUGAGGAGGCCCCAGUGUUUCUUCUCUUCCUUGACUGCGUCUGGCAGCUCCUCCAGCAGUUUCCAGCUGAGUUUGAAUUCUCUGAGUUUUUCCUUCUUGCUCUUCAUGACAGCGUUAGGGUUCCUGAUACCCUCACCUUUCUGAGAAAUACUCCCUGGGAGCGUGGGAAGCAGAGUGCACAGUUUAACUCCUACACACAAGUUUACACCCCAGAGUACUCCCAGGCCCCAGCUGAGAACUCCGUCAACUCGCAGCUGUCUGUCUGGGACUGGAAUUUACGCUACAGCAAUGAGCAGAUACUACAAUUCCAUAAUCCUGGCUAUGCCCCAGAACAUUACCCAGGUUCCUGGUUUCCUAGACAGCAGCCCAGCCUCAUGGUUCCUGGACCCCCUAGUUCUGUGUGGCUCUUCUCUAGAGGGGCCCUCGCCCCCUUGAAUCAGCUCUGUCCUUGGCGAGACAAUCCCUCCUUGCUGGCAGUCUCUUCUCGAUGGCUCCCUCGACCUGCUAUCUCCUCUGAAAGCCUGGCUGACCAGGAGUGGGGACUCCCCACACAUUGGGGAGCCUGCCCUUUACCUGCAGGGCUACUGCUGCCCGGAUAUCUGGGACCCCAGGUCAGGCUCUGGAAACGCUGCUACCUGAGAGGAAGGCCUGAGGUCCAGAUGGGCCUCUCUGCUCCCACAAUCACCGGCCUCCAGGAUGAACUCUCCCACCUUCAGGAGUUAUUAAAGAAAUGGACAUCAAGAAUAUCUCCUGAAGAUCACUGCAAGAAAAGAGAUCCAAAUACCCUUCUUCCCAGUCCCGCUGACACUGCUGGCGUGGUCAAAGGCAGGACGAAGGGGAUCUGGGGUGAGAAAGGGUCUAUUUAACUGCAGUUUUGCAUAUCUGGCCGUGCUGUUUUCACAUUCCACUCUUACACAAGCACACUUAAUAGACUUGGUUUCCACAGCAGAUGGCGGUGCUAAUCUCCAGGUCUUGUUUUCUUUGGUUCCUAAAGAUAGUUUUGUUUCCUGUGAUCUGAAUAACGAAUAAACAGAAACUAUCUGAAAUGUGAUUGCCACUUUUUUCGGGGCAAUCCCAUCUCUUUUGGAUCAUGCUGUUAAAUCAUGAGAUCAGCGAUACUGUUCAUAAUCCCAAAAAGAUGGCCUAGAGACCUCAUUCUCACCCCUUCCUACUGCUGCCGUAAUUUCAGUGUCUAUUUUUUCCCUCAGUUUUCUGUGGGAAUGAGGUGGAUAUGGUAGACAUCCUCUCCUUCUACUGUAUAUUUUUGUAGUGGCAUUUCUAUUUAAGGAGCUCAUUAAAGCACAGUAUUUCAACAC